UUCUGGUUUGCCAAAGCAAGAAGGGAUUAAAAGUUGGAACCCAGUGUGUUUACUCUCUAGAGUAGACAAAUUACCCCUAGCCGCCUUCUACAACUGACACCCUUGCUUCCUCUUCGACUACCAGUGUAAAUAUAUGCUUUGUCGUCUUGUUGCGGACAAGAAUCCUACCACGAGGCCCUCCACGCAUGCGCUGCGGGCACCCAUGGACUAACCUCUCUUUAUUUACAACAAUGCCCUCCCCCCGAUCCUUACAAAAGGCUCCAUCACAUCUUAUGUUCGGCACCAUGCUCACUAGCUGACCCGUUUUGUUACCUUUUUCUCUCUAACUUCAUCACCAUCUUUGCUUUUCACUUUUUGUGAUUUUCUUCUUUUGGGGGAAUAAUUUAUUUGAUAAAUGCAUUAUCAAGGUGAUUAUUAUUGGGGGUACUACAUGCCAACGAGGAGCAUAGGGUCAGACCCAAUGGAGAGGGUAGUGAAGCUGGCCUCGGAGAAAGCCGUGGUGAUAUUCAGUUUGAGCAGCUGUUGCAUGUGCCAUGCUGUGAAGAGGCUCUUCUGCGGAAUGGGAGUGAACCCAACGGUGUACGAGCUGGACCAGGACCCCAGAGGUAAAGAUUUGGAAACCGCACUAAUGCGGCUGCUUGGAAACUCGCAACCCGUGCCUGUUGUUUUCAUCGGAGGGAAGCUUAUAGGAGCCAUGGACCGAGUGAUGGCUUCCCAUAUUAAUGGAACCUUAGUACCACUUCUCAAGGAAGCCGGAGCUCUUUGGCUGUAAUUCUUGAUAAUCAUAGUUAGUGAUUAGAGAACAUCAUGCCUAAUAAUUAACCAGGAACUACAAAGUGCAUGUACAAAACAAAAAAGUGAAGCUGUUGUGUCUAUCCUCAUGAUCUCUGUCCAUUUUCAUUGCAAACAGAUUAGGUUGUUAAGUUUUGUUUUCCAAUCAGAGAUUUUGACGCCUCCUAACCCAAUGGGAAUUAAUGCAGUUGGGCAGUGUCUGCUGUAUAUAGUUCCUACCAGGAUUCUGUUGUUUCAUAUUCGAGUAGCUUCUUGAGUUGGACACUUGUUAUAUGGAGAAAUUUUAUCUUAUUAUAAAAGCCAAGAUAUUCAAAUUGAA